AUGAAUGAAGAGUUAAUUAAUAGUGCUGUUUCAUUUUUAAAAGAUCCUCAAGUUGGUGGAUCUCCAUUAACUAAAAAAGUAGAGUUUUUGGAAUCUAAAGGAUUAAACCAAGAAGAAAUUGAAGAAGCCUUAAAACGAGCUAAUGAUAAUAGUACAACAACCUCAUCCUCUUCCUCAUCUGUGGCAAGUUCUAAUCUGUCUAAUACAACUUCUUCACCAUCAUAUCAAUUACAACAACAACAACAACAACAAGUUUAUUCACAACCUCCUAUUGAUUAUUAUAAUGUUGUUCCACCACCAGUACCAGAAAAAUCAUGGAAGGAUUAUUUUAUAAUGGCCACGGCUACUGCUGGAGUCACUUAUGGAUUAUAUCAAGUUGUCACUCGUUAUUUAAUCCCAUCAAUAAUUCCACCAUCUCAAUCAUCAAUAGAUAAAGAUAAAGAAACCAUUAAUGAAGAAUUUAUGAAAAUUGAUAAAAUAUUAGAUCAAUUAACUUUUGAACAAGAAGAAAUUAAACAUGCCAAUGAAACCAAAUUAUCAGAAAUUGAUACUGUUAUUGAAAAUGUCAAUGAUUUUUUAAAUAAAUAUAAUAAAGAUAAAUUAAAAUUUGAUGAUGAUUUAAGAUUAAUGAAAUUAGAAAUUGAUAAUUUAAAUAAUAGUAUUGAAAAAAAUAUGCAUUUAACAAAAGAAAAUAUUAAUGAUGAAUUAGGUGAAAUAAGUCAAGAAUUACAAUCUUUGAAAAAUUUAAUUAAAGCAAGAAGUGGAUCUAAUAAUAAUCAAACUAAUGGUGGUAAUGGUGGAGGAAUUGAAGCAAGAAAAAUAGCUCCAGUAUCAUCAAUACCAUCUGCUUCAGAAAUUUUGAAAAAAGCUAGAGCUAAGAAUGCCGCAAGUACUACUCCAGAACCUAAACAAGAGCCAGUGAAAUCAGAAGAUACUAAAUCAGAAGAAACUAAAUCAAAAGAAACUAAAUCAGAAGAAACUAAACGUAGUGAAGGAAUAACCAAAAAUGGAGUUAUGGCUGCUGGUAUACCAUCAUGGCAAUUACAACAUAAAGAAAAAGAAGCUCAAAAAAAAUCAAAUCAAGAGCAAACUAGUAACAACAAUAACAACAAUAACAAUAAUAGCAGUGGAAUCCCUGUUUGGCAACAAGCAGCAGCAGCAGCAGCAACAACAUCAUCAGUUGAUACAUCUAAAUCAGAAGAAGAAAUUAAAGAAAAAAUCAAGAGUGUUGGGGUUCCAGCUUGGCAAUUGAAUGCUUCUACUAGUAGUGGUAGUGGUAGUUACAACAAUAAUAAUAUCAAUGGAAAUGAUAAUUCUAAAAAUGGUCCACAACAACAACAAUCUAGUUCUGCUGAAUAA